CAACCGAAGGGCAGAAAAUUCGUGUAAAGAGAUAAAAAGAUCUCUUGCCUUAAUUUAAUUUAAUCCGAAAAAAAUUCUUCCUUUAAUUUUUCUCUGUGAUGGACGACAAACGAGACGUUACCACGCCAGAUGACGACGAAACAAUUGUGCCGGGAACCUCUGUUGUCGUGCCUUUGGUCCACACGAACGAAUUCGAGGAACUCACGGAAGAACUUUUAAAUGCUCACAUCGGCGGCGACAAAACGCCCAAAACGGGAAAAAUUCUGCAAAUACGACAAGAAAGUUUGGAAGAACCCGAGACACUUGCUGGACCAAGUACUGCCGAUGCAGGCGACACACAUUCCGACACGGGCUCAAUUAUGACAAAAUCGAGUUCCUUUUGUAGUGCCGUCGACGAGGAUGGAGCAAUAAAUAUCGCCGAUUCCGAUGAUUUUAUGCACGAUCCGGACUUUUUGAGUCAAAAGUUGCACGUUUUCAUCUUAUCGGCAGCGGGAAAGCCGAUUUAUACGCUGCACGGGAACGAAGACAAGCUCGCGACGCUGUUUGGCGUGAUGCAGGCGAUUGUUUCGGUCGUGCAGAGCGAAGACGAGGACAAUUUGAGGGCAAUUCAUGCGGGAGACUCGACAUUCGUGUUCCUCAAUAAAAGUCCGAUAAUUUUAGUGGCAGUGUCGAAGACGAAAAAAAGUGUGCCUCAGUUGCAGAUGUUGCUGCACGACGUUUUUAAUCAAAUUGUGUCGACACUGACGCUCAGUACGCUCACCAAAGUCUACGAAAACCGGAAAAACUUCGAUUUGCGACGUCUUUUGUCGGGCAGCGAGCGACUAAUUCAUCAUUUGUUGUUGACUGACGUCCGAACGAAGGGAAUUUCGAAUAAUCCGUUUAUUUUUCUGACACAUUCGAUACGAAUUCUGCCGAUGCAGGCAAAUGUGCGUGACAAUAUUGUGAGUGCAAUCCAAAAUAACUGCUCCAAAAUUAAAAAUCUCGUUUUCGCCAUUCUCAUCGCCAAAAGCAAACUCAUCGCGUUGGUCCGCAUGAAAAAAUACGUCAUCCAUCCGGCAGAUCUGCGAAUUAUUUUCAACCUGAUCGAUUCCACGGAAAAUUUCAAAUACUCCGAAAGUUGGACCCCGAUUUGCCUCCCGAAAUUCGAUCCGAACGGCUUCAUGCAUGCCCAUGUCUCGUAUUUGGCGGAAGAUUGUGAGGCGUGUCUCCUGCUGAUGUCCGUGGAACGCGAUCAUGCCGUUUUUUCCGAACUCUCCGAGGCAAAACGAAAAAUUACGGAAAAGCUGCGACGUUCGAAUUGCUUGGAAGCCAUCAACGAAUCCAUCAAUCACAAAGGAAUUAAUUUGCGGUCCAUUGGAUUGCCCGAAAUGCGGCAUUUUUUGUAUCGAUGCAAGUCGUCGGCGCAACUUUUGUGCUCAGAAAUUACAGUACCGUAUAAUACUCCGGAGGCAUUUGAGCGACUUGAAGCGACGUAUUUUCAGUUGCACGACAGGAUUCACAGUCAGUCGAGACCGUUGAAGUUGAUUUAUGAGGCGCGGGAGACGGAACUUUUGCUUGUUUGGGUAACGCAAGGAUACGAGCUUUUUGCAGUAUUUGAACCUCUUAUUGACAAAAUUACCGUAAUAAAUCUAGUCAAUAAAUUGCUCAAGUGGAUCAAAAAGGAAGAGGACUACUUAUUUAUUUUGAAUGCGCCGAGUUUUUAGCAGUUUUUGCACGUUAUAACAUCAAAGAUUAGAUAGAACAAUACUAAAUAAAUUUAACUAAUUAACAAAUUU